GAUAUUAAAUUUUCAUGGUUUCUAUACAAAGUUAAAAAAAAUCAUUGUCAUGUCAAUUGAAACGAUUUGUAGUGGAUUGUCCUGAUUGACCCCCCAUUGUGGCCCUGUAAUGACAGAAUGUGAAGUUGACUGAUCGCUGAUGUGUAUCAGGAUCUAUGGUCAUCUCCCAGGACAUUCUUACGAGUGGUGUAAAAUCACAUUAAAUAAAUUUAUUUAACGUUCCAACUGGAAAUGAAUUAUUCAUAUUGCGCGCAGUGUAUUUGAUUGUCAUGAUUUGUGCGACAGCCUGUGAUUUUCAGGGAUAUAUUUAGAUUUUAGUCAGCUAUCUUAUUUCUAACAUCAGAAGAUAAGUAUUGACCACUACCAGAGGUUUGAUUGACAGAAGGAGAGGAGAACAGUAUGGGAGUCAGCUGGAGACGAGGGACCUCAUCAUCGGAGGGGAACCACAGGCCCGGCUGUACACAUGUCAGGGAGGGUAUCGCUGGAGGAGAGUGAAAGUUCCAGGAAGUGGAAGUCAGUUGUGCUCCCCCAUGAUGGAAUACAGGCGUUUAUUUUAAUCUAUGUAAAAAAAAAAUCUUUCUCAAAACACAUGUUGCACGCUCCAAAACAAGAGCAGAUUGGAAUGGGAAUGAACUCUUAGUAUGAGAAGUAGAAUUCCAGACGUCAGUGCUUCAUUGUGAGAUAGUGAGUUGAUAAAGGAAGGAUUUAAAUAAUAUAGAAUUCUAAUUUAAUGGAAUUUUUGAGGCACAUGGACUGUACUUCGAAGAUUCUGUCAGAUAGUUUUUAUCUGUGAUAUUAUGGAUUUGAGUGGUGAAUUGACUUGUUAAUGGUAUGAUAAAUAUUUGAUGAACAGCCUUUUCUUUUUCUGUUGGAUUCUUCAAUGGAAAGGAAGCAACUGUGAAAUGUUCAUUUUUAGUAGGGAAUACUAUUUUUAUGUGUGAUUAUAAAGAAAUGCGUGAAUAUUUUAUUUAUCAGGAUUGAUGUGUUUUGGAUAUUAAUAUGGCCAAUUCUGAGCGUGUUCCUUUGGAAACUAUAAGAAAGCGGUCUGAGAGGGCUGUUGAUUAUUACAAAAACUGUGUGGUUCCAGCUUAUCAGGGAAGGGGCUCACCAAUGAAAACCGAAGGUUAUGAUUCUGUGGAAAAUAUUAAUGGAAUUUAUACAUCCCACAAUGGCAACACAGACCAAAACAGGGGAACCAAAGGAGGUGUGACAUUUCAAGAUUCCUCAGGAACAUCAAACAACACCGUAAAACAUAAUGACAGUUUUACCCGAGGGGGUCAAAGGGCAACAUUUCAUGGAACUCAUUCCUCUAAAUGGAAGUCUGCAAAAUCUCGAUCAAAAGAAAAAUCCAAGUCUCCAGAAUCAAAAUCUAGUUACAAAAGUAAUAGUCAGGGUUUGAGUAGAAGUAAUAGCAACUUAGAAAUGGACAGCAUAGACUUUGACGAUGCUGCUGAUUUUCAUAAUAGCUCCAUGAGGAGAGACUAUGGAAGCACUUCGUCAUUGGAUGUACUAAGUACAAGUGGUGACACAAGUUUUUUUGCGAUGGUCAAGGACCUGGGACAUAGAAACUUGGAUCAGAGAAGCCCCGCACCUGCUCAGAUGCAGGAGUUCCUGAGGGGUAGGAUAGACAGUAAUCGGGAGAGGAUAGGUGCUAGGAGUGACAAAUUCUCUAACGGUCCCACCGCACCAGAAAGGGGAGGUGCAGAGGAAGUGGACGGAAGUCCUCGUUCAAAGAGCAUGAAAGUAAAAGGUGGAAAAGAGCGGAAAACCAGAUCAAAAUCCAUAACCAACGACUCAAGAACAGGCAACAUUCUAAACAAAUUCCGAGGGAAGCAAGAAGGUGAAAUUGGUACAAAAAUGACAGACUCAAUAAACUCUGAAAUAGGAGAGGAGAGACUAAGGAAAAAGUCAUUUGUUCACUAUGAUUGUCAGAGCUUGGGCUUUGACAUACAAGCAGUGAUUAAUAAAAGGUCAGACUCAAAUGUGUCCAAAAACACCUCAACAGGUGCUUCUGCAGCGUCUGGACAAGUGAGAAGUAGUAUGGCUGGGGAGAGGGACACCCCAGACAUAUCUACUGAUACGGACGAGGGGGACGGAAAAUCAAAUGCUCUUGUUUUAUCAUGUCCAUUUUUCAGAAAUGAACUUGGUGGUGAAGAGGAAAGAACUAUAAGUUUAGGACGAAAUGUGACAGGCAAAUCGUCAAACCAAACCAAUAAUAAUACUCUCCCUACAGGGACUAGUGCAGUAACGUCCACAAGAUCCCCGGCAUGUUGUGGUUUGUCUAUAUUAGACUCUCUUCCGACUCCCACGGGACUUAUCCUCCCUCAUGUGGUGCUACACCGGGGCCACGUCAUUGAGUAUGUGGACCAUGGGGCCAGCUACUAUCGACAUUUCUUCUAUGGAUAUGACCACCAGAACUACUUUGGUAUUGAUGAUAACGUGGGUCCCGUUGCCAUCAGUAUUAGGAAAGAGAAAGUAGAUGAUAGAGAAAACAACCUUGGACGGGCAGAUUAUGGCUCCAACCAGUUCAGAGUCGUUGUCCGAACUAGUGAACUUACCACACUACGAGGUGUUAUUUUGGAGGAGGCUAUCCCAACCUCAGCUAGCCGACUGGGGGGAUCGAAAACAACCACCGUCAAAGAUGUCAUUGAUUACAUAUGUCCCGAUCUCCAGACUUCAUGUCUUAAGUUGGCCUCUUCCAGUCAAAAAUCCCUGGACCAACUCCUUAAAGUUGACCAACAGGGGGUGAAUCAGACCUACAAAGUAGGAAUCAUGUACUGUAAGGCCGGGCAGUCAUCAGAAGAAGAUAUGUAUAAUAAUGAGCACUCUGGGCCUGCCUUUGAGGAGUUUUUAAGCUGUAUAGGACAGAAAGUCAGACUAAAAGGUUUCGAAAAGUACAGAGCUCAGCUUGAUAAUAAAACCGAUUCCACAGGACAACAAUCAGUUUACACCACCUUUAACAACAGUGAAAUCAUGUUCCAUGUGUCAACCAUGCUGCCCUACACACCAAACAACACACAACAG